UCACGGCAGCGUUCGAAAAGCAGAAUCAAAACAACGAGACACGCCUUCUAAUCCUCUGCAAGCACAGCCACCCCGUGCCCCCAGCACUGGGGAGCUAUAGGGGCAGAUUUCAUGUUGAUCACACACUUAGCCUGCGAGGCUUCUUGAUGCAGAGCUAAUCGUAGAUCAGCAGUAACCGCGGUGCGUUAUACACCCACUAGGUUAUUUUAGUAUUAUUAUUUUUUUGGGGAAUCUUCUGCGCACGUUGCCAUCUAUUUAGCAAUAAAAGAAGAGCAACAUGAAGGCGGGUGGAUCAAGCUAUUAAGUGCAACCCCAAGCUAGGAAUUGAAAAGGCUGAUGCGCAAUGCCUAACGUCAAAAAUAACAAGGGGAAGAAAAAUAAAAGGGCUAAUAGCAGCGGAGAUGAACAGGAAAAUGGAGCGAUGGCAGCUGCUGCUGCUGCAGCUGCAGGAGGAGGCAUGGCUGCAAGUGCAGCAGGAGCUGCAGCAGUCUCGGCUACCCUGGUGACCAUAGCCUCGGCGACAGCUCCAGCAGCAUCGGCCGCACCUUCAAGUGACACCAAGAAUGAAGCAGUAUGUGCCACUCCACUUAUUUGCAGCUUGGCUAGGGCAGUUGACUUGGAGAAAGAUGACUACCAGAAGAUCCUCUGCAAUAAUGAGCACUGCCCAUACAGCACAUGGAUGCAUCUGCAAUGUUUCUAUGAAUGGGAGAGCAGCAUCCUUGUCCAGUUCAACUGUAUUGGUAGAGCACGCAGCUGGAAUGAGAAACAGUGUCGCCAGAACAUGUGGACCAAGAAGGGUUAUGACUUGGCUUUUCGGUUUUGCUCUUGCAGAUGUGGACAAGGACAUCUGAAAAAAGAUACAGAUUGGUAUCAGGUGAAAAGAAUGCAGGAUGACAAGAAGAAAAAAUCAGGCCCUGAAAAGUCUACUGGUAGAUCAAUGUCAGAAUCCUCUGAUGAAGUUAAGAAGUGCAGAGCAUCAAACAAGCCUCAAAAGGGACUAGUUUAUGAUCCUCCUCGCAGACAUUCAGUGGAUCGACAGAAUUCUCAAGAGAAGGGGUCCAGUGGAGGAACUCAUAGCUUGCGUUCUCCAUGCAUAUCUCCUGGUCAGUCUCCUCCUGCAGGCUAUCCCAUUCUCUCCCCUUCUCACUUCAGUGUUCCCCGUAGCUCCCGAUACUUAGGAGAAUUUUUAAAAAAUGCUAUCCAUUUAGAGCCUCACAAAAAACAUUUAGCAACAGGAGGUGGACUGAGAAAUGCUCAUUUUGACUACAGUGUUGCUGGACUUCAGGCUCACAGAGCUGGACGUUUGGACGCACCAGUACAGUUUCUUCGGAGACUUGACCUUUCUGAGCUUAUGGCCCAUAUACCAAGGCAUAAGUUAAACACUUUCCAUGUGCGCAUGGAGGAUGAUGCGCAGGUUGGGCAGGGAGAAGACCUCCGUAAAUUUAUCCUCUCAGCCCUGAGUGCUAGCCACCGGAAUGUAGUAAACUGUGCUCUUUGCCAUCGUGUACUCCCUGUGUUUGAGCAGUUUCCAUUGGUGGAUGGCACGCUGUUUCUCAGCCCAUCCAGACACGAUGAGAUAGAAUAUGAUGUUCCUUGCCACCUUCAAGGACGACUUAUGCACUUGUAUGCAGUUUGUGUGGACUGUUUAGAAGGGGUUCACAAAAUAAUUUGUAUUAAAUGCAAAUCUCGAUGGGACGGAAGCUGGCAUCAGCUGGGAACGAUGAAUACUUAUGAUAUUUUGGCUGCCUCACCAUGUUGCCAGUUUGCACGCCUGAACUGCAAGCACUGUGGAAAGCCAGUUAUAGAUGUACGCAUCGGCAUGCAGUAUUUCUCAGAGUACAGCAAUGUACAGCAGUGUCCUCAUUGUGGCAAUCUAGACUACCAUUUUGUGAAGCCAUUCUCCUCCUUUAAAGUACUGGAGGCCUAUUGACGAAAGUUUUGCUUUAGUAAUAGCCAUUUUAUAGGUAUUACUACUUUGUUACAUAUCUUUUAUAGGAAAUAUUAUGAGGAAAAAAAUAACUUUGUUUUCUAAUUAAAAAAAAAUAUUUUUUCCCUUUAAGUCCUGUUAUUAAAACUUGUAAAUAGUAUUUUCAGUUUCCACUCUCAUGUGGGAAAUUUAACAUGGAAAUGUGACGGGUGAAUGUAAAUUUAAGCCGGCAAAGGGUAUUCUUUUCUUCAGAAGUAUUCAGGCACAGUGCUCUUAUUUUAUUUAAUUUAGCAUUUGCCCUUACAAGCUAAGCACUUAAAAGUAAAUAAAACCCAUUUUGCCAAAGAAAAUUAAGAUUUUGUUUUAAAUAAAUUUGAUAUUUAAAGCCUUUUCACUUUA